UGGACUGAGCAGUUGAAACUAGAAUGCAUCAGUGACAUUGGAGCAGACCUGAGAUCAGGGCACAGACCCACCUACUGGAAGCUCAGACUGUGUGAGGCGUGACCGUGGGUGUGACUUCGUGCUCGUCUCCAAACCAAACUCAGGCUUAUUUUCAGAGGACUCUCUGCCACCGUGUGUUUGUGACAAAGUGAACGGCCGUCAACAUGCCUGAGACUGCAGAAUCCCACGCUGUCAGCCUCACCACCAACCGCAACUGUGUCAUAGAGAUCACCAAUGUCAGCGCUUAUUACUGUCUCAUCAACCCAAAGGUGUACAUGAAUAGUGGCUUCGCCUUCAGCCCCCCACAGCCGACCCUGCGCACCAACAAGACCGAGGUGUGCUCUUUCACCAAGGACGACAACACGGCGUCAGGAGCUGUGGGCGUCAUGACCUACGAGCUGCUGGACAUGCGCGACCGUCACCGCAACGAGCUGAUGGCCGUCAUGUUCUCUGUGCCGUUCGACUACAACUUCUACAAGAACUGGCUGGCGGUGGGCAUCUUCGAGCACACGAGGGCCUGCGAUGAGAAGCUGUACGACCUCAUGUACAACGGAAAGGAUUUAACCAACUUUAACCGCCACGAGGCCAACGGCUCAGGGAUAGUGUACAAGGGAAGGGCGGUGGAAGUGAGGGCCUGCAUGUCUGAUGAGGGCAGGGCUAUUAUCAAACUGGAGGUGUAUGACAGGAUGACAUGAGUCUCUUUGCAACGCUGUGAGGUGAAACGUGGAAUAAAUGUUAAGAGCAGAUGUUGCUGAAAACAUGUGUGCACAUUGUCUGUCAUCACAUCAUGUACGGGUGCUUUCCAUGAAUAAAAAACAACAGAAAGGA